AUGGCCGCCGAACCGCCAAAUGCAAACUGGCAUCCGGCACUCAUGCCUGACCACGAAUCACCUCCACCCCCUGCCGACUCCAUCGAACAGCAGCAGCCACCGCGACAGCACACACCCAUCUCCUCACCCGAUUCGUUGCACAACGGCACCCCGCUGAACGAAGAGCCCGAGCCUCACAGUCUUGACUUUGCCAAUGGGCCUGACGAUCACCCGGAUACUUGGCUGCCCUCAAAAGAUGAUGUCGACGAAGGUGGUGCCUGGCUAGCCUCCACGGCACACCCCGGAUUCCAGCAUGCUGAUCCCACCGGCAUCAGCAAGACCGACGCCGCCAUGUCUGCACAAACAGAGGAGCCUUCCAAGCCGACAGGCGCAAAGCACGGCAGCUCCAUGUCCUUUGCCCGCACCGUCUCCCACGAGAUCAGCUUUGGCGAUGACGAUGAGAGCGAGUGGAGCUUGCCUCGCACAAACACCGAUCCCUUCAAGUUCAUGCCUCCCUCCGAUCGCACAAACUCUUUCCCCGUCGUACCGCCCAUGGCUUCCGCCCAGCAUACCGACGAGCAUCCUCUCCAACCCAACCAGGCCUUGGAUGUUUUGGAGGACACAGAGAAGGACUGGGGCCUGCAUGCGCGGCCUGGUGAGGAAGGGUCUUCGCACGAGAUCGACGACACAUACACAGCCGACGCAGUAAACGACUCCUUGCACGCACGCCAUGAAACCUCACUGUCCAUGGGCGGUGAUGUGGCUUUCGAGCCCAGCCCUGCCGAUGCGCGCUACGAAGAGGGUAUCCCUCUGGUUUCUCAUCAGCAGGAGCAAGAUCAGCAGGCGUCUGAGCAGUCCCAGAAAGGAGUCCCGGCCCUUUUUACUGAGGACAAGACUCCCGAGGAUGAUGGUUUCUUCAGCCAUCUUAACGGGAAUGCCCAGGAUGCCCCUAGCAACGGCAUAGCUUCGGAGCCCGCCCCUACGCAGACGACCGACGGCACAGCCGAUACUAGCGCAAACCUGAAACCGUCGAGAGGUCACCGGCGAACCAAGACUAAAGACCUGAACGCCAAGUGGCAGGAAGCAUUCAUGGACGAUGACGAUGACGACUUUCUGCUUGACGACGAGGCCGGCGAUGGCGAGAAUGUUGACCCGACGGCCUUCUUGGGGAGCGAUGACGAAGGUCUCCUCGACGAAGCCGAGGAUGCAGUUUCUGCCGAGCAGCCCACCACGGCUCCUUACCAGCCUGCUCCAGCCCAGCUUUCGAAAUCGAGCCCCUACGCUUCUCAGAACGCGUACCAGCAGACGCCCUCUGCCUACCAGCCCGUUCACCCCGCAGUCACGACGACGCAGGGCUUCUACAACUCUGUCGCUACUACCAACCAUUCUCCCUUGGCACCGCCCUACGUACGAUCACCUUUGGCAGGCAAUGAACCACCCAAGGCCCAGAGCUUCGUUGACAAGUCGAAGGGUGGAUAUUCCUCGCCUUUUGAUUUGCCGGCCGACCUUGUAGGCAGCGUGCCGAAGCCCCGCAAGCGGCCCAGUACUCAGUCUUUAUACUCGCCCGUCCUAUCUCCCAACUCUGCGCCUCCUCCCCCUCCACCGGCGGGCACGGGCGCUCCGGGUCCGCCGCCGAUGGGCUCCCGACCAUCCUCCAGCCAUGCUCGCGACGGGCCACCCCCCGCUAACCAGAAACCCUCGGUGCCGCCGCUGCGUAAUAAGAGCAGUUUCUUUGAGGAGCUUCCCAUGGCAUCGAGGCCUAAGCCCGCUUCUAGGCACGCCAGCAGAGUGUCUUCUCCGGCGCUGAACCCCAGCCAGAUCCUGCCUCCACCUCCUGCAGCCACGUCUAUGGGGCCGGUACCCCCGCUGGCGCCCCCGACCGCCCAUACAGAGCCGCCGGUCCAGCCAGUCGUGUCCGCAGGCCUGGUUGCUCCCGAGAAAGUCAGCCCUUAUGCUGCUCUGCAGUCUGGCAUCAGCCCUGUUCCGCCGUCUUCCAACACCGCUUCGAGGUAUUCCCCAGCUCCUCCACUCACCCCUGGACAGGCUGCUCCUGUGCCGCCUGCCGGAAACCGAUACUCGCCUGUACCUCCCGCUCCUCGUGCCACCAGCUACAGCCCCUCGAGGGCCGCGACAACGACCCCGCCGAUCCUUCCUCACCAACCACGCACAUCCAGUCCCCUCGCGCAUUUCGAAAUCACGAGUGCCAAGCCCCACCACGGCGAACUGGGUUUUCCUGAACGCCGAUCUAGCAGCUCGUCGUACGAUCCUAGGACGAACCGGGUUUCCUCCCUACCCCCUACUCGCGAGGUUGAUGAAGAAGAAGACGACGAUCGAUCCGGAGCCGGCGUCCUCAUUGGCACGCGCCACUCAUCUGCCGAGUACAGGUACAGCCCUGUUCCGGCGGCUGCCAGGCAUACGCCUCCCCCCCCAGCUCAGGCUGGGCAAGCCUUCUCUCCUCCCAAGAGGGCCAUGUCCAACUACCUGCCCCAGGCUCCACCAGUGGUCAGCCAGCCGGGUAUCGCUCCUCCUCCCAGGCCGCAGACCCAGUCGCCUACGUACACGCGAGUGCCCAAGCCUGACAUGCAUGGCCAGAGGCCGUCGUCUGCGCACUCCCCCAAGUCUUCGAAUCCGGGCCAAACUACCCAGCCUUCUGCCUACAUGAAUCACAGCCGAGCUCGUGGCGCCUCACUGACCAUGAGCAUGGUGGCACCGACUGACGGUCGUGAGCAGGACCCUCUCCAGCGCUGGAAGGGUGCGCCCAUCAUUGCCUGGGGCGUUGGUGGUAUCGUUGCUACCACGUUCCCCAAGAGUAUUCCUCGCUACACCAUGGGCUCUUCCACCCCAACCAUCUCUCGUACCCCCGGAGAGGUCAGGAUGCAGAGCAUCAAGGACGUCCUGCCGUUGACGGAGAGAGUGUCCAAGUUCCCCGGGCCGCUCAAAGGAAAGUCCAAGAAGAAGGAGACGAUCGCUUGGCUCACGUCGGGCAUUGAAGAGCAGGAGAAGGAUAUCGGACAUUUCGCCUUGCAGCCAGGGCUUUCACUCGAAGCUAAGCGUAGCGUGGAGCGGCUUCUUCUCUGGAAGAUCCUUCGCGUGUUUGUCGAGAACGACGGAGCUCUUGAAGGAAACCCCGCUGUCGUCAAGAGUGUCGCAGACAUCCUCUCAUCAGGGUCGGAAACUGCUGAGCCAGAGCCGGCGUUCCUUGGUCAGGCCCAUCUGGCUGCGGUCGCCCCCAUGACUUCGACGCAGUCUGAUGCGGUGGACCCUGGGGCUGUCGAGUCCAUACGUGUCAGCCUUAUGAACGGCGACCGUGAGGCCGCCGUUUGGGCUGCCGCCGACAAGCGCAUGUGGGGUCACGCUAUGCUCAUUGCCAACACCGUGUCUCCCAGCUUAUACCAGCAGGUAGCACAGGAGUUCGUGCGGAAGGAGGUCAACUACGCCGGUCACAGCAACGAGCCCAUGGCUGCCCUCUACAAGAUCCUGUCUGGUAACUAUGAUGACUGUGUCGAUGAGCUUGUCCCGUCGCACGCCCGUGCCGGCUUCCAACUUGUGUCGACGGAUCCCAGCACGGGCCUCAAUGGGGAUGCCAUGUCGGGACUAGACAAGUGGCGCCAGACCCUAGCCCUUGUCCUGCGCAACCGCAGCACCAACGACGAGCGUGGCCUGAAUGCGCUCGGAAACCUGCUGGCGGGCUACGGCCGUGCCGAGGCCGCACACAUCUGCUUCCUGUUCAGCAGAAGCGUGUCUGUCUUUAGCGGUCUGGACGAUCCGACGGCCAACUUUGUCCUCGUCGGAUCGGACCACAGGGGUCAGGCUGCGCAGCUCGGCAAGGAUGCGGAGUCGCUGCUGCUGAGCGAGGUCUACGAGUACGGCCUGACGCUGUCGGGAGGCGUGGCCACGGCCAGUGGCGCCCACCACCUGGCAGGCUACAAGCUCCACCACGCCCUGACGCUGUGCGAGCACGGUCAGCGCGACAAGGCCCUGCAGUACUGCGAGGCCAUCACGACGGCCAUGUCGUCGCAGACGAAACGCUCCCCGUAUUACAAUGCAUUCCUGGCGGCGUCGCUCGACAACGUCAUGACUCGUCUCAAGCAGGCACCCAAGGACGACUCGGGCUCGUGGAUCUCCAAGCCGAGCAUGAACAAGGUCUCGGAUAGCAUGUGGAACAAGUUCAACAAGUUUGUCUCUGGGGACGACGAAGGUCCCGACGGCGCCAACAGCGGGGCCAAUGGCGAUGCUAGCCCCUUCAACCAUAUCGGGAGCCCGACCACACUCAGUCCCUCGCCGUCCACCCACAACUUCGACAUCUACGGUGCCGGGGCCGCAGCCAGGAGCUACACACCCGGUGUGGUGGCGCCUUCGUCGGCGACAUCUUCCAAGUACGCCCCCAUUGCUACUUCCUCCCUGCAGUCCAGCCCGGCAAAGUAUGCCUCUGCGGGAGCUCCGACAGCCGACCAGCCUUCCCCGAGCCAUUACCCUGGUUUCCCCGGCGCUGCCACAUCAGCACCGCCGGAUGUCGGCUCGGCCAACCCCUACGCUUCCAUCUCGGGCUACCAGCCUCUGGAAGCUUCUCCAUCGACAUCCCGCCCCGGCCCGUCGCCGUACCAGGCUCUUCAGCCUUCUGCUAGCCUGACGUCGCUCCCCCUGACUCCUGGCCAACAGCAGCAGCAGCAGCAGCAGCAGCAGCAGCAGCGCAGCCAGAGCUUUACUCCAGCUAGCUUCACCCCCGCAAGCUUCACGCCUUCAGCGCUUGGCUACGAGCCUCCUCAGAUGACCCUAGAGCCUGCAACAGCGACUGAGGGUGACAGUGGGUCCCCUGGCUUCGAGCCCCCGUCCCUCCAGCCCUACGGGUACGAGCCUCCUUCUUACGAACCCCCCUCCUACAAUGACGAGGAGCCGACGGGUGAAGACGGCGAUGAGCCCAGGACGAGGAAGAAGAGCUUCAUGGAUGACGACGAGGACGAUAUCCCGGCUCCCCGAGCCCAGGAGAAAACGAAGUCCGACAAGGACCGUGAGAACGAGGAGAUGUUCCGCAAAGCAGCCGAGGAAGAUGCCAAACGCGCCGAGGAAGAAAAGGCCUCCAAGAAGGGAUGGGGCCUGGGCAGCUGGUUCAGCAAGAAACCGCCGACGCCCAAGCCAGCCGAGAACCCCAAUAAACCCGUGAGGGCCAACCUCGGCGAGGCGAGCAGCUUCGUGUACGACCCCGAUCUGAAGCGAUGGAUCAACAAGAAGCCUGGGGCCGAGAAAUCCGAGACCAAGACGGCCACCCCACCGCCUCCCCGAGCUGGUCGACCGCCGGCGGGAACUCCUCCCCCACCCGGACGUUCCGUGUCCGGUGGCCCGCCGCCGCGCUCGCUUGCUGCCCCACCUCAGCUCAAUACGGCGGCGUCGUACGACAGCCUCAGAGGGGCCAUGGGCCCGCCGCCUCCUGUGCUGUCUCGCUCAUACUCCAACACCAGCCUCGCUGGUGGCCCGCCCAGCGGGCCCCCCAGCCGACCGGGAACGAGCAUGAGCAACGCUAGCAGCAUUGAUGACCUGCUCGGUGCGCCGUCACUCGCGCCACGCAAAGCCGGGGCUAAAAAGCCUCGCAAGAGUGGCCGUUAUGUUGAUGUCAUGGCGACGAAGUAA